AUUAUUUUUUUUAAAUAUCAAAUACUCGUGUGAAACGGAGACCGGCGGGCGACGACUGAUCCGAUCGGCGAAUAGAACUCGAGAGUGGACGAGAACUGGGGAAGGGGAGAUCGAUUUCUAGACUCAAGAAAGGGAGAGGGGAUAUAGAGCAGAGGGGAAAUGGCAGAAGGAGCCGAUGAGGACUUGCCAAAGGAUGCAAAGGUGGUGAAGACCCUUCUGAAAUCAAUGGGUGUUGAUGAAUACGAACCACGUGUGGUGCACCAGUUCUUGGAGCUUAUGUACAGACACGCCGUUGACGUGUUGACAGAUGCACAGGUGUACUCAGAGCACGCCGGCAAGGCUGUGAUUGAUUCUGACGAUCUCAAGCUUGCGAUUCAAUCUAAAGUUAGUUUUAGCUUCUCACCACCCCCUCCUAGAGAGGUCCUGUUAGAGUUGGCUCGAAGCAGAAACAAGAUUCCUUUGCCAAAAUCAAUUUCAGGACACGGAAUCCCUCUCCCUCCAGAGCAGGAUACCCUCAUCAGCCCCAAUUAUCAACUCGCUUUCCCUGUGAACCAAACCGCUCAUCCGGUGGAAGAAACCGAGGACAACGAGGACGGUUCCGACCCUAAUCCCGCAUCCAACCAAAACCCAAACCUUUCCCAAGCCUGAACAGACACAACACCUGAGACUUCUCAGCGAGUGUCUUUUCCCCUUGGGGCUAAACGUCCAAGAUGACACGCUAAAUUGGUUAUUAUUCCUCUUUCAAGACCGGGGCAGACAGCGGUUACUGUUUAGCGGGCGAGGGUUAACUGAAGGGUCCCACCACAAGGGUGUCAGCGGCUGGCGGCUCGGUUGGGUGCAACAAGUUUAUUGUCAAAACCUGGUAUUUCCUGCACUUUCUCAAUGACCAUACAUGUAACUCAAGACGUUUUAAUAUGGUCUCAUGUAAUGCUAUAUUUAUUCAGCUUUGUAGUAGAUUGGGAUUAGUCAUGGUGGCAUUGGAAGAUGCUCUUGGCUUUAUGCAAUUCUAAAUGAUAGAAUAUGGUUUGUUUGGGUUACAAGAGAGAAAGCUCAAAUAGAAAGAUGGGUUGUUUGACAACUUCUGAAUGGGUAAGUGCUGAACCAGUAAGAGGUCUGAACCAUUAAGUGCUGAACCAGUAAGAGGUCUGAACCAUUAAGAGCUAGUAUAUUGCUUAACUAUUCAGAGGCAAAUGUCUGAUCAAUUCAGAUAAGAGGUUUUAACCAUUCAGACUCUGUAUAAUACUUAACCAUUCAGAGGCAAAUCUCUUAACCAUUCAGACAUCUGAACCAUUAAGAGGCUGAAACAAACAGUCUGAACCAUUAAGUGCUGAACCAUUCAGACAUCUGAACCAUUAAGAGGCUGAAACAAACAGCCCCUUAGUCGUGACAUAGCUUCUGUACAUGCAAGUGUUUUUAGAGAGUCCAUUGGGGUGCCCACUAAAUAUCUACCUCACUU